AUGCCAUUGCAGCACCAAAGAAGAAAAACAAGACAAAAUUCAAAUGUAUUCAAUAUGCUUACAAAGAACCAGCUUACUGAACUCAAAGAAGCAUUCAUACUUCUGGACAGAGACUGCGACUCGAAGCUUAGCGUUCAGGAUCUGACAGUGUUCCUAGAAAGCAUAGGAAGCCCCUAUUCAGAAGAUCAAAUAAAGGAAAUGAUCGCAGAACUGGAGCCCAAUCCUACGUACAUUGUCCUACUGACAGUCAUCGGCGAAAGGCUCUCUGAGAUUGAUAGUGAAAGGGAAAUUAUUGAAGCAUUCAGAAUCUUUGAUGAAGACAACGAUGGACUGAUUGACAGCAAUUUUCUAAAAAGAUGGAUGACCGAGGAAGGCAAUCCAAUUUCAAAGGAACAGUAUGAAUACCUUGUGAGAGGAUGUGUUGAAGAUGGAAUGGUUAACUACAGGAAGCUGUCAAGUAAAAUGAAGCACGGAGAAAUAAUCGCAGAGUGA